UUGAUCAACUAAAAUCGCUUAAUAAUUGGAAAAACGCGUAGAAGAAGGAUCGAAAAAUGACCUCCAAAGUUCUUCUUUUUUCUUAUAUUGUGCUAUUAGGCCUGCAACUCUGGGGUUUACCUUUGGAAAAGCGAGAUGAAAAUCACACCUUUUAUGGAGAACAGAAAGAUAAGGAAGAAGAUGAUGACCAAGGAUUGCCCAAGGAUGAUAAAGAUGAAGAUUUUGUUAGAGAUGCUACCGACGAAGAUGUCGAUGGUAAAGAGGAAAAAGAAAAAAAGGAUUAUGGAAAAGAAGGUACGGAUGGCCACGAUAGUGGAGGUGGAUUCAAAGAUAAGUCAGGUGACAAAAGUAGUGACAAAGACCGAGAUGAUGGCGGUCACGAGAGUGGGGAUGACAAGGAUGGCGAGAAUGCUGCAAAAGAAAAAGAUGACGACACUCAGGACGAUAAUGAUGGUAAGGGAGGGUAUAAAGAGGAUAGAAAAGGUCACGAAGACAGUGAUGGAGAUGAUGAUUACAUCGACAGCGACAGCGAGUACAGUGGAGACUACGACCACGACAGGGACGAAAAAAUGGACGAUGAUGAUGUUGAUGAUGCUGAUGAUGAGGAUGACUACAAAGAUGACAACAAAGGCGACGACGCUGAUGAUGAUGACGAUCAUCAUGAUGAUGUGGAAGAGAAUGAUAAAGUUGACAAUGGCAAUGAAAAUGAGGACGAUGGGAGUGGUGUUACCAAUAUAGAUGAGGAAGAUGGGAGUCGUGUUACCACUGAAGAUGAGGAAGAUGGAAGUGGUGUUACCAAUAAAGAUGAGGAAGAUGGAAGUGGUGUUGAGAAUGAAGAUAAGGAAGAUGUUGGUGGAGUUAACGAAAGCAUCUUUGACGAAGAGGGCAGCGAAAAAGGGAAGAAAGGAAGGGAUUGGCUGAACAAUGCCGACGUUAUGAACUUGUUUAAAUCUGAUGGAGAUUCAUCUUGCAAAGGACUUUCUAUCACUUAUUUUAGCGUUACCACAGUUAUAAGUGGCAUUUUAAUUCGCUUUCUUUAUUAGACCGGAGCCAGUAGAUACUGGUUCUGUUUUAGAGUAAAAAAUUUCAGCCCUUCCCCACACCAGGUUUAGUAUGUAUGGAUGUCAUCACCAGAUUCUGUAUGGAAGAUGUAAAAAAAGUACUUUAAUUGAUCCUGGAAAUUCUAACCAUCGUACUCGGCACCCAGUUUUUAUACAAUCAUAUAAAACUUGUUGUACAGAAUCAAUAACCAUUCUUCCAUACAUUUUUUUGUAUGUGAGGUACACAUAUGUAGUUUAAACUAGUGGAUAACUUUAAUAAAUCAGAGCGAAA